AUCGACUUCCUUGUUGAUUGGAUGCACUUGUUUAAUACCUUUAAUGUUAUUCUCUUCAAGUAUUGAAAGUAUGAGUCAGUUGGACCAGUCAUAAAUUAAAGCCCGUUGGACCUGUCAUAAAUUAAUGUUUUUUUUUUUUCUUAGUAUUGUUAUUAUUUCCAACUUACAAGCUUCGUGUAACCAACUCGUAUUCUUUGAGAAAGCGGCUGAUUUCAACCAGUAAGAAUGGGUGUGCAUCAGGAUUACACCGGUACGUACGGCACGACACAUCACUGUUGCAUGACCAUGGCGACAGACAAGGAACUAGAUGAUGUCCUGGAUGCCAUAGGAUAUGGUUUCUGGCAAAUUCCUGUCAUGGCAUUGGCAAUUGUCACGUUGCUGGUUUUACCUGUGCAUUCAAUGGGUUCGACGCUAUUAAGUGCCCCUGUAGCAUUCAAGUGCUUUUCUGCGAGUAAUGCUUCUCACCUAAGCUUACAGUCCGCCAACGUCAGCUUUACGAAUAACACCGACAGCCAGCAUCCUACAGCGCCUUUUUAUGACAGCAAAUGCCUGGAUCCUGAGCCCCACGUCCUUCUGAGUAACGCAGAAUCCUUCGAGGGCGAGAGUCAUUUCACAGGACUCCCAUCCUGCCCAUGGGUGUCAUAUGAUCAGUCGAUAUUCGUUUCAACCAUCGUGUCAGAGUGGAAUCUGAUCUGCGAGAGAGAGAUGCUGAAACCUCUGUUCCAGAUGAUGUAUUCCGUAGGAGCACUCAUAGGAGGCAUUAUAGGUGGUCAGGUCAGCGACAGUUUCGGGCGUAAGCGAGCAGUUCAGAUUGCCACUUUCAUCAACAUAACGUCUGCUGUCUUGCUAUACUUCUCGCCACUUUUUUCAGUAACACUCCUUACCAGAGCCCUCAUUGGAGGCAGUUGUAAUUUUAUGUACCUUCCAUCAUAUAGUUUAGCACUGGAAACCACGCCCUCGAAACAUCGCACAGUAGUUGGCAUGCUGCUUGGCAUUCCAUACUCGGUGGGUAUCAUCGUACUGGCGGGCACAGGGUACAUCAUUAGGGUAUGGAAGCACCUGAUGAUCCUGAAUGCUGCAGCUCCUUUUAUCUUCAUAAUCCCUCUCAUAUUCUGGACAAAUGAGUCUCCUCGUUGGCUAUUACAGCAUGGCAAAGCACUGGAAGUCUCGAAGAUGUUGACUCAUGCCGCCAAGGUGAACAAAGUCACUCUCAGCGAUCCCUUGACUGAAGCCAUUCAGAGACUCGGAAAGUCUGACAAUAAAGAGAAGAGCAGCACUCGGAGACACCGUUGGGAACUAUGCCGAGAGACAUGCAAGGAGGCGUCGUCCUAUUUCCAGUCUGUGGGCAUGAGGCUCAUCUUUUUCAUCUUGCCGAUCGUUUGGCUUCUUCAGGGUUGUUUAUACCUCGGCGUCAUAUUAAACGCCAAUAAUUUUUCAAGCACUCCACUGGCUGAAAUUUGCGCUGGUGGUAAGACAGCACUGACACUAGUAGCAGCAAGUUUUCAGGUUAACUUCCUCUACACACCAGAACUGUUUCCAACACUUAUGAGGAGCCGUGGAUUAGCCCUGUCCAUUUUCGCUUGCAAUAUAGGAUUCAUGGUGGCUCCCCUGAUCGUGGAUUUACUGGUAAUAUAUUCAUGGGAAAUUUGA